AUGUCGUGCAUCGUUACUCCUGCUGGCCUUGAACUCACUAGUAUCCUCUGUGCUGGGAGCGUCGUCAAUCCUAUGACAACCACUACCUGCCAUGGGGGCCAGGAUUGUACGAUUGAAUGGCUGGAUAACGGUCAACGUCCACUGCUGAGCGAUCUCGGGAUCUGCACCGUUGGUCUUUAUACAGGCGAGAUGCAACUAUUGCAACAUAUUGAGCCCAUCGAUGUCUCGCUUAACCACUCGUUGACUUUCACGCCUAAUCCAAAUGCGGGGCCCAACUCGAACGCCUACUAUGUCGCGUUCUUCUCAACUGAGGUCAAAAAUAACUCUCAGCCGUACAUAUCGUUCACCCCAAACUUCUCGAUUGACCAGAUGAGCGGAUCGUUCGGGUCUUCCGUCGCCUCGCUCACCUCGACUGUCCCCAUACCGAGCGCUAUCCUUACAGCCACGCAAGCGCCAAUCCAGACGACAACCCUCUCGGGAAUUAUUUCUAUUGCUACAGCCGCUACUUCGUCGGGGUUUAACACGGUCACCAGCUCUAAAUCCUCUAUUCCUACGAACGUGUCUGGCAAUUCCAACGCUGCGGCGGCAACGAACCCAGCUUGCCGAAUUGAACAACCAUCCUUUUUCAUCACCCUCGCUUCAUCGAUGACCUUGCUCACCACCUUGGCCUUCUUGCCUGUCCAUCUCUGA